AUUUCAGUUCAGUUCGACCACGGUUCGUGUCGAUUUCGAAUUCGCAACCCAUCGUACCGUUCCGUUGUCAUUGUCGGAUUGGAUCGGAGAGGGUCUUGCAAGUAAAAUUCAUGUUAAUGAAUGUUAAUUUAUACAUUUGUAAGAAUCUAAAAUCUGUUUUUCCAUACACAACAAUUAUUGACGCGGCGGCGAUUUCGAAUUUGGAAGCAGUCGCGCCCGAAACGUCGACGUGAACGCAACAACGAUUGCUAACGGUAAAGCUAUAUACAGAGUGCGGGUGAAACGGGAUAGUCCAGGAUGGAUCCCGAGUUUGUGAACAAGUACAAUCAGGUCCUGAGCCGGCUAAAGCUGGUGGAGAACUUCGAUGGCAGUGACCCUGGCAAACUGCCGCAGUUCCUCCAAAAAAUCGAGGCCCUAAUGCCAGCCAUAAAUAGUUUCGAUGACUAUUAUAAAGCCCAGUUAAUAGGACAUAUCAAAAAUAAAUGUACAGAUCGAGCCAGAGAGGCGGUCUUCACCCGGCAAAUGAGCGCUCCUGUGGGCAAUGGCAAUGGAGCUGGUAAUGGCCACCUCCUGAAAGCCGAGUCCUGGCUGAAGCUCAAGGAUCAAUUGCUCUACAACUAUGCGGAAAGGGAGUCCAGCUACUCGUUGAUACACAAGAUACGCAGCGCCGUUUUGGACUCGAAUAUAGAGCUGUAUUACCAAAAGAUGGCCAAGUUAAAGCACCGACUGAUCAAUAGAAAGUUAACCCACAAUGACACCCUAUAUGCUCUCGAGGAUAUUGAGAGGAUAACCCUGCAGGUUUUCAGGGAUCAUCUGCCCGAGCCCACACACUCGAUGAUCCUGCGGCGGAAUCCCAAGAGCAUGGAGGAGGCCUACCGCUAUAUAGUGGAGGUCCAACAGCAGUUCUACACGCAGAGUGGAUCCCUGAUCAGUGAUCACCACCAGGCGGCCACAUUUAGUACCAUCCACAAGCAGCAAUCCUACGGAGUGGGAAUGGGGGGAGUGGGUGUGAGUACCCUGGGACUUGGAGUGGGAAUGGGAGCUGUAGGCCUCUCCGCCUAUGCCCGCCAAGUGUCCAAUGAGAAGAAUCAGCAAAACAACUCUAAGAGCUACUACAACCAGUCAGCUCCACCGGUGGGAGCAGGAAAGAAUCAUCCCAUGUUCAAGAGCAACGGCAAUCCCACCUUCAAGUCCAGCUUCAGCUAUAAUGGCACCAGUAACAAUUCCGGGAUGGGAUUUGGUUACACCAAGAGUACAAAAUCGGAUAUAAAACAGAAUUAUCAGCAGCAGAAGAACCAAAACUAUACGAAAACCUCAUCCGCCAGUGCCUGGAAGAAGUAAUAGUGAUAGAGAGAUCUCCCAAUCUAUGAGCUAUCGAAUGAGAUAAGCAGAUCGAGAAUGACCUAACCCCUUGGAGCCUGUGACUAAGCCAAGGCAAAGUGCUUGCCACCUCAUGCUAAUUACCCUAAAACCUCACCCUCUAAUGGUGAUGAUGUGGCUGCAGAUUAUAGGAUGUGAAUAUAGAUUAAAGUAAUGUGAGCAAUACUGUGCUGAUGGAUGUGCUGUGUCUUACCGAUAACCAUAACAAAUAUAUCAGUCACAUAUUAACUAUGAUAAUGAUGUGAAUAUUUAAAAACAACAAAUAAUACAAAUGUUAAUAUUAGAACUAACAAUGCAGCAAAUUAAAUACCUCCAUGAAUUAAAAUGUAUAAGAUUGCACAUGCAAAUAAUACAAAUGAUGUGAAUAUAGAUGAAGAUAAUGCAAAUAAUAGAAAGUAAAGGCAUUGCAAUGAUAGAAAGUGUGCAUACAAACAAUAAAAAACUAAUUAAAACACACAAAGAGGUACAAAUAUUAAAUUAUGGUUAAUAAAUGUGAUUUCUAAAAUAAAAAUAACUAAAAAUGCUAAUCAGUUAAAGAACUAAAAGUAUAUGACAUAAUAGUAUUUGAAAAUCAAUCAAGAGUUAUUAGAAGUGAUCUUGUCGAUAUACAAGAUAAUGAGGCCGAUCAAAAUGAUAUUCAAUAAUGAUGACAUCGAUCGCGUGUCUAUCGAUGAUGAUCAAUCCGCAGACAGUAUGGACAUGUUAAUUAUUAGCUCAUAAGACUCGAGUGUACAUAGCCCCACACCUCAACCUCAGCCUUAGCCUCAGUCACAUUACCCCCUAUAUCUCCCACGAAAUCCCCAUUUUUUAACAACAAUCGCCCACCUUCAAAUUUGUUUUUGUUAACAAUAAAGUGUAAAGUCUAA